AUGACUUUUCAUAUAUAUCUUGUAGCAGGUCAUACUUAUGAAUUAAAUAUAGAAAAUAUGAAAAAAAUUCCAUCAUUAAUUUUGAAUAAUUUUGUAUAUAUGAAACAAUUUUAUGAUCCUAUUCGACAAGUUUAUUGUAUAUCACGUAAUCGUGCUUUUUUUGAAAUACUUGUUUUCUAUAUUAAUCAUGGCAUUUUAUCGAGACCUAUUGAUAUACCACUUGAUUUAUAUAUUGAAGAACUCGAUUAUUACUUUGUUGAACAUAAUUUUUUAUCAAAAUUAAAAGAAGCUUAUGAUAUUCCUCAAAUAUCAGAUACAACUGAAAUUCGUUAUUUACCUCGAUCAUCAAUAAAAAAAAUUCUUUGGCGUUCAAUGGAAUAUAAUGAAACUUUAUUUGGUCCAUUAUAUCAUUUUAUAUUUGGUUUAAUAUGUAUAUGUUCAAUAUUUUUAUUUAUGUAUGAAAUAAUUGUAACAAGAAAUGAAAAUUUUCUUGAAUUUAUUGAAAAAUAUCGUGGUUAUUUUCAAAAUAUCAUACAUCCUGUUAAUGUAACUGUACAUGUUAUUGAUUAUCGUCCUGAUAUAACACGUUUAGCAUUUUCAAUUGAAAUUAUAUUUAUUUUUCUUUGGACUAUUGAAUUAUUUCUACGUAUAUUUUCUGCACCAAGUUUAUACCUUUGUAUAAAAUCAUUUUUUUUCUGGAUUGAUAUAAUUAAUAUAUUAAAUACAAUCCUUUAUGGAAUAUUUAGUUUAAUAUAUAAUCGUCAAAAAAAUCUUUUAACUUAUCAUAUUAAUUCAAUAACAUUGGUCUUUCAAUUAAUUGAUAUUUUUAAAACAUUAAGAAUGUUGAAACUUGGAAGAUAUCAUAGAUCAAUAAAACUUAUUCUUGAAUCUCUUGGAGAAGCUUCAAUGGAUUUUUUAACAUUUAGCAUUGUUUUAAUAGGUAAUAGUUGUGUAUUUGGUGCAAUUAUUUAUUCAAUUGAACGAACAACAAAUCCAACAUCGACUAUACUUUUUCCAAAUGUUGGAAAUAGUGUUUAUUAUACAUUAUUAGCUAUUACAAAUGUUGGUUUUGAAGGUUUUUUACCAUCUACUUAUUUAGGAAAAUGGAUUGCUUGUGCAGCAAUUACUUUUGGUCUAUUAACAAUUAAUAUACCAUUACCAUUGAUUUUAUCACCAUAUACACGACAAUUACUUAUUAAAAAUAAACAUAUUAUUUAUCGAAAUGAUUUGGGAUAG